CGUGACAUAGUCAUGUGACAUGUAUGGCAAACUGAACCUCGAAUCCAUCCAGAAACUCUGACACAUAAAAGGAUUUUUCAUUUUAAUACCAGGACUUGCAAAUAUGGCAGAUGACCUGAAGAGGUAUCUCUAUAAACAGUUACCAAGCGUUGAAGGCCUCCAUGCAAUUGUUGUGACAGACAGAGAUGGAGUUCCUGUAAUUAAAGUUGCCAAUGACAACGCACCAGAAUACGCUCUGCGUCCUGGGUUCCUGUCCACCUUCGCUCUGGCGACAGACCAGGGCAGCAAGCUGGGUCUCUCCAAGAACAAGAGCAUAAUCUGCUACUACAAUACAUACCAGAUUGUGCAGUUCAACCGGUUGCCAUUGGUGAUCAGCUUUAUCGCGAGCAGUAGUGCCAACACAGGUUUGAUCAUCAGUCUGGAGAAGGAGCUGGUUCCACUGAUCGAGGAGCUGAGGCAAGUGGUGGAAGUGUCAUAGGAGGAGCCGCAAGGAAUCCUGGGAAUGUCACAUCCCCCGGAAUCCUAGGAUUACACCAUUAUGUGUAUCCUGAGCCUCUGGGGUUACCUGCAAUCAACUCCCCAUCAGUCAUUCCCACUCUGUCGCUCAGUCUCUCUCUUUCUCGCGCACACACACACGCACACACACACUCGAGCAUUACUUUUUCAAAAGGAUGGGUUCAACAAAAAACAUAGCGUCUUUGAUUUGCUCCAUUUUACAGGCCCACGCAGCCCAUUACUCGGUUGUGUGUUCCAUUUUGUCAUUGAAACAUAUUCAUGUGCUUACACCCAUUCCAACAAUCUCCUUUUAUCCCAGUGAAGACACAUACAGUUUUCUUAUACUCUUUAUUACACUGAAUGAGUGAGGGGACUACUUUAUCCUCACAUAUGUUUGUGUAGGUGGUGUCAGCACUGGCAAUGCCAGCUGUAUCAAACGGCUUUUGAAAUAUUGCUUCGUAAGACAUUAUGGGCUAUUUACAUGUUUAUUGUGGUAUUAUAUUGUGAAGUUAAGAUAAAAUAAAGAAGAAAAACUAAAUCUGGUGAUAUACUUUU